ACAAGUGUUGGUGCAUUAACAAAAAUUUACACGGACAUGUAGUGUUUGUGCAUUAAUAAAAAUUAGUUUUAAAGCAAAAGAAGUGUUCUCAGACUUGAUAAAAUCAUCGUUGGAGCGCCUUCUUCCUCAUAGUUCUUCACCCAAACUGCAAUUGCGCCCUAGCCCGAUUUCAGUACUUCCCAGGUUAGUUUCCCCUUUGCUACAAUGUCUUCUUCGAAUUUCGAUUCCUCAGCCCCGUCUUCUAGUCCCGCUCUAGCAGACCAGCCGAUUAACCCUGGUCAGGCUCGGGGCCCACCCGGAUCGCCUCAGCUAUCAUCGGCAGCUCCAUCCGAUAGGGGAAGGCAGCGAUUAAGGAAACAGUUUUCCUCCCCACAGCCCAAGCUAUUGGGCCCUAGGGUUGAGCUCGAGGAGAAUAUCAUGGCGUUGUGCCACUGCCAAAUCUCGGAUCAAGGCUUUGCGGAUGCUACCAACAUGGCCGGACCCGCCAUUGAGGUUCGGAGACCUAGCAAGACCGAGACUACCCUAAACGCUCCCAAAGAGUUCUUCACUGUGCAUCUUGCUUCCCUGAAGAGGAGUCUGCGAUCAUGUUGCACCCUCUGGACAGUGGUCACCGAGGAGUGCCUGACCAAGCUUGGGAUCGAGUUCGUCAAGGAUGAUCAUCGCCAUCAACCAAACUUGUUAAGGGACAUCCCCGAGAGGAACGAUGAUUCAAGUCCCUUCGUCAAGCAAGAAGAGGAGACAGAAACGCCCGUCCUCAGGCCAGGAGGUCCACUCCCUGGUCGAUCACGUGGUGUUCGAUGGAUAAGAUCCAAAGGAACCAACUCCCAUGGCGGGAUUGGAGACAAUGGUGACCAACUCUCCCCAAGAAAAAGGAUCCAUGGGGAAGAACUGUCUGGGCGCCACGUAGAUCACCACUUGGUGCAGCCCACAUCUAGGGUGACCAUGGGCGAGCCUUCCGAGCGCCCUCCCUCCUUGGUCGACCCCCCUCCUGUCGUGAACAUUGACAUAGAGACCAAAACGGGGUCGGCGAGGUUUUGCGUGCCCCACCGCCAGUGUGUGGGCUUGAAGGAGUUUCCUGCGGAGACAACAGCCACGCUUCCCUCUGCCGACCAAGCCUGUCUGUCUGCUUGUUCUAAUCGGGACUUAGCAGACAUGAUCCUCUUCAAGUUUGGCCAGGCCUCCCUUGGAGUGUUGGAGCUUGCCCGUCGAGCGACCAUCUUCUCUAGAUGACGAGAGGAAGUUGUCUGCGGCUGAGAAAAAGAAACUGCAAGACAAAGUCAACCGCCUCAGUAGGGAGCUGGAGCUGCUGGAGGAAGGGCAUCUGAAU